ACUCCUAACCCUAAACUUAUUCAGUAAUUUGCACUAUAAAAGGCUUCUUACCCCUUUCACGCCUGUCACUUGUAUCACGAGAACAUCGGCGGAAGGAAUUGAGUUCAUCGGUGGAUUCGAAGCUAAAAGAACGAUGGGCAGGAAGUUUUUUGUCGGUGGCAACUGGAAAUGCAAUGGGACCAGUGAAGAGGUGAAGAAGAUUGUUACCACUUUGAAUGAAGCUCAAGUACCUGGGGAAGAUGUUGUUGAAGUUGUUGUCAGUCCUCCCUUCGUUUUUCUUCCUCUUGUCAAGAGCUUAUUGCGGUCUGACUUUCAUGUUUCGGCACAAAACUGUUGGGUUCGGAAAGGUGGUGCUUUUACCGGAGAGGUUAGUGCUGAAAUGCUUGUUAACUUGGGAAUCAAUUGGGUCAUUCUUGGUCACUCCGAAAGGAGGCAGCUUUUAAAUGAAUCAAAUGAGUUUGUGGGAGAUAAAGUUGCAUACGCACUUUCUCAAGGUCUGAAAGUUAUUGCUUGCAUUGGGGAGACUCUUGAACAGCGUGAAGCUGGUUCGACAAUGGCUGUGGUUGCUGAACAAACUAAAGCUAUUGCAGCUAAAGUAACAAAUUGGGAUAAUGUUGUUUUGGCAUAUGAGCCAGUUUGGGCCAUUGGGACAGGGAAGGUUGCGACUCCUGCUCAAGCACAAGAGGUCCAUGCUGAAUUGAGGAAAUGGAUCCAUGGCAAUGUUAGUGCUGAAGUUGCAACAUCUGUCCGAAUUAUCUAUGGAGGUUCGGUAAAUGGAGCAAACUGCAACGAAUUGGCGGGUCAGCCAGAUGUUGAUGGAUUUUUGGUCGGUGGUGCUUCUUUGAAGCCGGAGUUCGUGGACAUCAUCAACUCUGCUACCGUGAAGAAGAAUUGAAAUAUAUAGUGAAGAAGCUUUAUGGCAAGAGCGCCGUAAUGUGCGGUUGGUGGUCUAUACUCGGAGCUUGUGUGUAGGCAGCACGAAUGCUGAAUAAAUAAUGUUUUCUUGGAUCUCAUGAGUAGGGCGAUCUCAUGGAUUUUGGUUAAUGGUUAAAUUUGUGUCUAAAAAUGGUGUAAUCACCCAGACAUUUGGCGGGCAAAUAAUGCGGAACCUCCCUAGUUUUAGCAUAAAUGGGAACAUCGCCUAUUAGUGUCGUUUGAAA